GUCCCCAUCGUUAGCGGAACUUUGCCCGUCUCCUCUCUCUCUCUUACCUCACGCGCUCCACGCACGCACGCACACUCUCCCCCUCCCCACCCUGUCGCUCUCGCUCUCCGCACUCCAAAACCCUAGUCACCCUCCGCACCCAAAACCUUACACCACCCUCCCUACCACGGCGGCGGCGGCGGCCCCAUGGCUGCUCCCACAACUGCCUAAGGCUAGGCUAAGCUAAGUUCCCCAAAUAUCUCUCCGAAACCGUCUCGUUCGUUUCUAGUCCUCUCGGCGGCGGCGGCGGCGGCGGAAGCUACGGGUCUGAAGUCCUAAACUGCUGUGCUCCCUGCGGCCUAUUUUGAGGUGGCGGGCGUUUCCGUGUCGGCGAUGGAAGAGCCGAAUGCGGGCGGCGGGGCCGUGGCGGCACCCGAGGUGAUUGCGGAUCCGGGUGUUGGCGGGGCCAGCGGCGGCGCUGGCCCCGCCGCCUCGCCGUGGAGGAAGACCACGCCGCCGCCUGUCGCAGGUGAGGCAGCGGUCAUGGGGGCCGAGUCGUGGCCCGCGCUGGAGGAGACGCGGCAAAAGGUCGUGGCGGAGCCCACGGGGAAGCCUCUGCCGGGCAAUGCUGCCGGCGGCGACCUGGCAAAGGGGCCCGAGGUGCAGCAGGCGCCUCCAUCUCCAUCACAGGUGCCUAAUCGUAUGCACAAGUUUGAUGGCCAUGCAAAUCCCAACAAGAAUUACCAAGCACACCAUAAAAAUGGGCCCAAGAGACGCCCCCCUGGUGCAAAUGAUGCACCACCAUACCCUGCCACAAUGCCGUAUCAUCAACAUCCAGGGCAACCUAUUUUUUACCCUGUUCUCCCAAGUCCAGUGAUGCUACAUGAAUAUCCAUACCAGCCUUUUGCUGUUCCGGUCCCAAAUCAUGACCCACAUGUUGGGAAGUCUGGAUUCGAAUCUGCUACACCACCUUUUGUUCCGGUAGAUCAAGUUGGUGGCAAUGAAGGUAACAGGCCAAUGCCUCCACAAACGAGAGGAGAUCAUCAUGCUUGGCGUCCUGCUGUUGGUACUCAUGGUGCUAGACCACAUUCUAGUGUUGAAGGCCGUGGCCAUUUUAAUCACACUUGGCAAAAUCAUCAGACGUUUGGUACGAGAGAUAACACAAGUAUGCCACAUGGCGUUGGGCCAAGAGCUUUUGUCAGACCAAUGGCACAUCUGCCCCCUACUCUUGGGUACCUCAAUGGACCAUCAUACCCUGGGCCUAUGCCUCCCAUGUAUUAUUACAUGCCUGCUCCACCCAUGGAGGCAAUGAGAGGUCCACCUCGUUUUGUCCAAAACCAACCAGCCCCCCAACCUGUUUUAUCGCCUGAAGCGACUGAGCUAAGAGCUAAAAUAUUAGCUCAAGUGGAGUACUAUUUUAGUGAUACUAAUCUGGAGCGAGAUAAUUUCUUGAAAUCUUUAAUGGAUGAACAUGGCUGGGUUCCAAUUUCAAAAGUUGCAGACUUCAAUAGACUGAAGAGAAUUACAAUGGAUGUCCAUCUGAUAGGAGAUGUAUUGGCAAGCUCAAGUCUUGUAGAAGUUCAGGAUGACAAGAUAAGAAGGCGCUCUGACUGGUCAAAAUGGGUUUGUUCUUCUGGGGCAACAUCUGUUCAGAGUCCAUCAUCUACUGCCAGUAUGGAUAAUAUUAUGGGUGAGAGCAAUACUGGCGGCUUCUCAAAUAAGGAUGAUUCUUUCUCUUCAGACCAAAAGAAGCAUCCUCACUCUCAAGAUGAUAAAUGCAACAUAGAUGGUGCUGCUAUUGAGGCAAUAGUUCCAGAUGAAGAGCUACCUAAUGAUGCACAUAGCUGUUCAUUGAAUAAAGGCUUGUCUGCCAUGACUAUUGGCGGAAAGCCUAAGAGCAUUUCCACAUUCUCUGGUAAUUCACGCACACAAGAAGCUGCUGUUAGAACUAGUGAUGUUAAAGUUCGGAAAGUAAACACAAAGAUGAAAGUACCUGAUUCUCAAAGCGAAAGUGGUUUCCGUAAGGAUUUGCCAAGUAACUCCCCUAGCUUCAGUGGGGAUCAAAGCACAUUCAUGCUUGAUGAGGAAUUGGAAUUGGAACACGCAGAACAUUCACGUGAUGAUGUCUAUUCACACAAAAGGGUCGAUGAUGAGGAUGACGAUUUUUUUGUUGAUGACCAAGAAGUGAAUCGGCUAAUAAUUGUUACACAGGAUACUAGAUCAGAAAAGGAUGACAAAAGUUGCUCGAGUAUAUCUCAAGCAUUUUCAACAGAGGAAGCAUCAAGAAUAAAUGACGCCUUAUAUUAUUAUGAGAGUGUACAUGAUCGGCGCACUAAUAAUCAAAGGAGCUCCCAGGCCGAUAGUGUAGAUGUUGAUUCUAAACAAUUUGGUGGAGCAAAAUGGAACCAUGUUAGCAUCGGAACUAAUGGCAUUGAGGAAGCUGGACAACCUAUUCCGCGUAGGCGGCAAAGUAAAGGCAAUAGAAAGACACAUACCUCACAUAAGCAGAGGUUCUUUGCUGGUAAUUUUGCGAAUAGUCCCAAUAGUCGAUCUCACUAUGGUGGUGUAUCAGAAAGCCCCCCAAGCAAUUCAAUUGGAUAUUUCUAUGGUUCUACUCCGGAAAAUCAUAGCUAUAAGAGUUCAAAGCUGAGCUCAUCUCCUCAUGGAAUUCCUACUGGGAGCUCACCUAUUGGAUCAGUACCUAAAUCUUUCCCACCGUUUCAGCACCCUAGCCAUCAACUUCUAGAGAAAAAUAAAUUCCAGCAACAAAGGUACAAUAAGUUCAAGAAUAAAUGCGUUGCUGAACGUAAGAAGUUAGGAAUCGGUUUGAGCGAGGAAAUGAAUUCGCUCUAUCGUUUUUGGUCAUACUAUCUGAGAGAUAAUUUCAAUGAAGAUAUGUACAAGCAUUUUAAGAACUUUGCAGUAGAUGAUGCAGCAGCAAAUUACAGAUAUGGACUUGAGUGUCUCUUCAGAUUUUAUAGUUAUGGUUUGGAAAAAAACUUCCAACGGAAUGUAUAUGAAGAUUUUGAGCAACUGACGCUUGAGUUCUACCACAAGGGCGAUCUUUAUGGACUUGAAAAAUACUGGGCAUUUCAUCAUUUCCGAAAACAGGAUAGCAGCCCCAUCAAUAAGCAUGCAGAGUUGGAGAGGCUCCUCAGGGAGGAGUUCCGAACCAUCGAGGACUUCAAGGCACGGCGUGCGGCAGAUAAAGAAAGUGGUAGUGGCAGCAAGAGUGCGGUGGCGGCAAGCCAUAGCAAGGCUGUGGCUAAGUAGGUCCUACCUGGGCAUGAAAUUUUGGUGGUGAUCCUACGAAGGAGAAAGUAGCAACGUUUUUGUUUGGUGUAAACUAAGGAUUUGAGUAGACUCGUCCCUGUGCAGAUUUUGCUCUCCCCUGCCGAUACUUCGCUGUCCAGGAAAUUUUUCUCUUUUUUUUUUACAUCAGCUUCAUGGUGCCAUUGUGGGAUUUGUACAUAGAGAUAAAAUAAUUGCCUUUAUUAAAUAGCCAAACUAUAGAGUUAAAAA